CAAACACUCAUUGGUUGUACAGGCAGGGCUUGUUUGUAGUGAGCUUGGGAAGGUCAGGCCCAGAAACACUGAGUGGAUGGAGAGGCAACUCCUCGCUGGCUUUGGGGAAGGUAUGGUGUUUGGGAGGAAGGUGAGAGGAUGCUAGAGGGGUAUCUUGUGGGACAUAUCUGGAGCCUAUGAAAACAAUGUGUUCUUCAAAUAACCUCCAUGGAUGAGACAUCUCUGCAAAUCUAUUGAUCUAUGGUUGCCACAUGUGAACAAGAGAACAAGGAUGUCUGCAAGCAAAACCAGCAAGGAGGCUCCUGUUAGCAUCUCUGCUGAGUGUCCUGUAUGUUAUGAGACAUUUCAGUCUCCAAAAGUGUCAUGCCGGAUGCUGAGCUGCGGGCACACUUUUUGCCAUGACUGUUUGGUCAAGUGUCUUCUGGCAUCACGGGAAGAUGGCCGGCUACAGAACAGCCUCAUCUGCCCCAUCUGUCGCUUUGUGACCUUCCUUUGCAGGAAGAGAGCCUGCUGGUCUUCCAAGACUGACCUGACGCCUCCAUCUCUGGAGUUACCACUCUCACCUUCUUCACUGCCUUGUGGAGUAUCAUUGGGGCCAGCAAACACUUUAGUGGUGCCUGUCCAAUUCCUGAUGCCGUUGAGUGGUUACGAUGGCCACCAGAAUGCUUGUGGCUGCCCUAGCAUGGACUUGAUGGUGCGCCCUGAUGGCUCGGAACGGGAAUCUCACGUGUUCAUUAUCACUCAAUGUGGAAUGCCACUAAUUGAAGAGAACUAUGAUGUCAUAGCUCAAAACAGCAAUGUGGAAGCUCCAGGAUCAGUGGUAUCUCAGAGGUCUCUAGGAAUGGGUUGCUUCCAAUCACCCAUUAUCCUGGCAAUUUUCCUUGUCUCCGCUGUCGCUCUUUUGGGGGCUGUGCUUCCCUGGCUUCUACUUGUGAAAAAGAAUGAAUGAACAUGGUGGAUGGACUUUCUUUAAGGCCUACAAUGCGGGAUCCUCCCAUCUUCCUUGUGGAGCUACAUCAUGAACAAGGUUGUCCCUUGACAUAUCUGCAGUAUGGAAACUCAAAGAACUGCAGGGUUCAGACAGAUGGGAAACUGCAGGAAAUGUUAUUUGUAUAAUCCUUCCUUUGUCAGGCAUGAUAGUAUGCCAAAGCAUGAUUCAGAGGAGCAAAAAGGGUUACCUAGAGAAAGGGUCUAACCAUCCUACUAAAGAUCAUAUAGGUCUUUAUUCAAUUGUUACAUGCAUACACUGCCCUUACUCCAAGAGGAUCAGAAUGGCAUUAUAGCUUCAUGGCUUCCAUGAGGUCAGGGUAAACUACCCAAUUGAUUUUCUCAAUUCAGGGAUCUGAGCUCAUGCUUUCCAUAUCUAAACCCAACACUAUAGCUACCUUCAGUCCAGAGUCAGUAUGGACAUAUGGGCUGUCUGUGUGUAGGUAUUCUCACAGAAGUUCUUUUUGCCUGCUGAAUAUCAUUCCAUCUCUUACUUCGACACUCAAAAAAAUUAAUAAGGAAUUGACUUUGAGAUAAGCCUAAGGCAGCCUGGGUGGUUUCAGCAUCAUGGGAAUCCUGAGUUCUUUUUCCACUCAGCCAAAUUGCAGCAGUUCUGUCUGCAUUGCUCUGCAUUGCUAACCCAGAAGAAUUUUCAUCCUCCACACCAGAGGUGGCUGCAUUGCUCUGGGAUACUUGCUCAUAUUGAUCUUAAUGCAGGGCACAGUGCAGAGGAGACAGACACAUCUAGAUGGGAUGCAGUAUAAUUCAUUUCAGUUCUGCUCCAGCCAUUAGCAAUAAUUACUCAUCUCUUAUUUCUAUAUUGUUACUGGCCUCUAUCUCUCAUUGUAGUGGAUCAUUUGGUAUUGUUCUUCAUGUAUGAUGAUUUCUAUCACUGAU